GCUGGGCUUGGUGGGAAAUUUCAACAUGGCGGACGAAAAGCAGAGAUGGCUUCCGCUGGAAUCCAAUCCAGAGGUGAUGAACAAGGUGAGAAAGUGUGCCGUUACCUCAUUUUUGUCGUCUGGUCACGCACGCUGCGGUCUCGUGUCCCAGUAAAACGCCCUGCUGCAUGUAACGUCUCUCAGUUUGUGAAGGAGCUGGGCAUGCCAGGCAGCUGGUCGUACACAGAUGUGUUUGGGCUGGACCCAGAGCUGCUGGCCAUGGUGCCUCAGCCUUGUGUGGCUCUACUCCUGCUCUUCCCCAUCAAUGACAAGUAUGAGCAGUAUCGCAAGGGUGAAGAGGAGAGAAUAAAGGAGGCAGGUCAGAAUGUCACCUCUAAGCUGUAUUACAUGAAGCAGACUAUAGGGAACGCCUGUGGGACCAUCGCUCUUCUACACAGUAUUGCCAACAACCAGGAGUCCAUCAAGCCAGAGAAAGCUCUGAAGACAUUUUUGGAAAACACAGCCAGUUUGGAUCCAGUUGAAAGAGCUGCAUACCUAGAAAAGGAUGAGUCAAUCAAGGUUGCCCAUGAAUCAAGUGCCCUGGAAGGACAGACAGAGACCCCCAGCCGUGAUGACGAGAUCAACCUUCAUUUUGUGGCCUUGGUGCAGAAGGAAGGGGAGCUGUAUGAACUGGAUGGCAGAAAGCCUUUUCCCAUCAACCAUGGGAAAACCACUGCUGACAGCUUCCUUGAGGAUGCAGCCAAGGUGUGUAAGGAGUUUAUGGCCAGGGAUCCAGAGGAGCUGCAUUUCACUGUUGUGGCACUGGCCCAAACCGGUUAAUUCUGGUUCCUGACGACCAGUUGGAACAGCCUGCCAAGCUGCAUCGUGGAAAUAGUAGUCACAGUCAGGUUGACAUGGAAACUCCUCUAGACUUUGGGAUGUGAUCUGUCGCUGUUAGAGAUGCUUUGCACUUUUUGCUCCCACCAUCUUGAAUGGAUUGAUCAAUUCCCACCUCGGUCAUGAUGUACAAAUGCAAAAGAAAGACUACAAAUAAGUAUUUCUUUCUUUGUGUGUGUGUUCAAAUUGAAGAGAAGGGAAGCUCAUGUCAAAUUGAAGACUUAGUGUUGUUGUCAUUUGUUUAUUUCUUAGACAUCUUUUUUUUACACAUGAAUCAAAGAUUUUCCCACAUUUCGUACAGCUGUCUUAAACGUUACAGUCUUUUUUUCAGCAAGAUUUCUUUAGAAAAGUUGUGUUAACAUCAACUCUGGAGGAGUUUCUGUGAAGUAUUGACAUGUCUAUUAGCACACUGCACUGUACUGCAUGGAACAAGUGCCACCAAGAAAUCAGUGUUUGUUUUCUGUGUUUGUCACCAGUUGCAAUGUAACAAUGUCAGCCAGCUCUACAUCAAUAUUGCAGUUCUAUUGAAGCAACAUGAGAAGGAAAAGUUUGAUUUCGAAGAAGCGCACCAAAUGAUAGCUGACCUCCUUGGAAGUACAGUAAGAGAGUGAAACAAGAAUUGAGUUUGUUCUAAUAUGCGACCUGGCAUAUUCUUUAUUUUGGCCAUGAAGGGGAAAUGGUAUUUAACUGCAAUCUGGAGAAAUUUAACAUAGGACUAACAUUCCAUCCAACCAUUUGUUAUAUUUUAGUACAAAUCUCCAAAUAAAUACUAGGUAGAACACAUGUCAAAACUACACUGUGAAAUAAAUAUGUGUGCCAUUAGAUAGCUUUACCCAUAGACCCAUAGUUUGAGUUUUCUCAGGACAAGUACAAAUAGUUUGGGUUUCAAAAAUAUUCCUCUUCAAGGAAGUGUAUGCGUUCCGGUCCUACUAGUCUUGCCACGAUUCUCUACUUUGUAACUAAAUCUGUGACAAGUUUUCUGUGGUUAACAGUUUCAGAGAUUGGUCUAUAUAGGCUAUGUCUUGGUCAUGCCUCCUUUUUCGUCAUUUGUUUCCUUGACUUUGUACAAUGUGUUGGAAGUAUUACCAGGUGCGUGUGGCACAGAUAUAAAGCGGGCAAUGUUGCUUGACAGAUCUAAAUGUAUGAAACAGAACUUAUGGUUAUCUUGAAACAAAAACUGAAAUACCAUCAGGUCUGAUGAGCAUGUGGUUUAUCUGCUUGCCUUGAGAUGUACUUGUGCAAUGUCAUUGCAAUCUAAAGAAGAGAACAGGCUGCUACUGCAAACAUGCUAAACACCUAUACCAAGAGACAUGGCUGCUUGAUAAUGACCUCUGAGCUGAAACAGUUUAAAAUGCUCAGAGGUUCUGCAGGAAGUUCAUAGUCCCCAUUGGUGAAUGUUUUCUAUCUGGUAAGGUUACAGAUAAGGCUAGACAGAAGCUGUUAGAUAAUGAAUGCUGAAGACUGGAAGAAGGUGUCUCUUCGAGAGUGGUCAUGUGUGUGCUACUGGCUAAUGUUGUGUUGUGGCAAGAGCCGAAUGUGCUUUAAGCUAGCACCAAGUGCAAGGACAAGAACAAGCACAAUAAAAUGAAUUCAGACUCA